AUGGUAAUUGAUGAUUGGAAAAACUAUACAUACGGCUGGGACCCUCGACUAGUCAUUUCGGCGGUUUUUGUUGCGGUGUCGGCAAAUAUCAUCGUGUUUUAUAUUUUCCCCCAGUUCAAUACCUUACUCAAGUAUGGUAAAACCGCACAGCAGAAACAAGUUGGCCUGGAUACGCCUUUUGAAAAGGCAAUUGAAUGGUUUCUGAGUCUUCGGGUGCCCAAGUCUUGGUUUGCUCAUUAUUACGUGUUUUACCUGGUCCUUCAGUGGUCUCAGGUCUACUAUAUCUGGCUGCAAAACCUUCCUGUGACGAAGAAUACUGUCAUUUGGGCUCUCUUGACGUUGCAGGCUACUAGAAGAGCAGUGGAAAGUUAUACAUUGACCGAAUGGAGCUCUAAGCUGAAAAUGCAUUUCACCCAUUAUUUGGUUGGCCUUCUUUACUACCUUGGUAUCUCUUCCAACUGUUUCUUGGGCUUGCUUGAUAACAGGGAACACAUCCAGUGGAGCUGGCAGUACCCCGUGCUCGUGGUUAUCUUCUUGGCGUUUUCCAUUGACCAAUUCCUUAACCACAAGCACUUGGCCUCGUUGGUCAAGUACUCGGUGCCUACGUUUAACUUUUUCAAGCUCGUGUCUUGUGCCCACUACUUCGAUGAAAUAUUCCUUUACCUUACAAUCCUAUUGCUCCUGCUUGUUCAGCAACCAUAUACUGUACCUGACUGGAACUUCCUUGGCAGCUGGAUCUUUGUCAUAACGAACCUUAGCGUUUCUGCUUUGGGAACAAAGGCUUACUAUAAAGAGAAAUUUGACAAUUACGAUGUCAAGUAUGCCAUCGUUCCUUAUAUCUUGUGA